CUGUGUCGGAUAUAUGCAGCAGCGCUAAUUGGCUGCACUGCAUCGUUCGCAGCGACCACUAUAAAUCCGAUCCGAAAUGAGAUUUUCGCUGUGGUUUCCUACGCGUACUUUCGUUCAUCCUCAUGCCUCCGGACCCCGAGUUUGCCGUGGACGACUCUGAGGCCUCUACCUAUGCAGGAAGAGGUACAAAGGUUUCCAAAGCUUGUCAAGAAUGCCGUCGAAGAAAGCAAAAGUGUAACGGCCGGGAGCCGUGCCAGGAAUGCACGAAACGGAACACGACGUGUUCAUACCGUGCAUUUGUAAGGAAUCGAAGACGGAAGGUUGCCAUCACCCGCGAAGACCAGUCUGCAGUACCAUCGGACAGCCAUCAUGUAGUUCCCAGCGACGAACAUAUGUUUUUGCCUGGUCGCACUUACAUCUUCAACAAUAUUAGGGCGUCGCAUGAUAUCUCGGGUACGAAGGUGUUCUACGGAGCUUCAUCCAAUAUAUCACUGCUACAGCAUAUUCAUCAUCAUCUUCAGAUCCAUACACAGCCCCCGACAAGGUCAGGGAGCCGUACUUCCGAAGAUCAAGAUGCUACUGAAGGCAUCAACCGAUACAACUACCAAGGUAUAGCCUUCGACAACUACACUUCAUCUAAGCGACACGAUUCCCACUGCGCUUUCAUAAGUUAUGCGGUAGCAAAAGCUUUCUUGCGGAACUUCCUAUUGAGCGCAAUCCAUCGCGUCCCGUUCCUGAAAUCGAACAAGCUGUGCCGUUCUUUAGAUCAGCUUUAUAGUCAAGACACUGGAGACGCGAUUGACCCGUCGGAUAGAUCUAUUGUCAUCAUUGCUCUCGCUAUCAGUGCAAUACCAACACCCGAUAGCCCUGCGAAACAGCAUCUUCUUGCCUUAUCCCAAGUAGCGGCCGAAAAAUCAAUGCCUCUCAUCAGUCUGAAAGCCGUUCAAAUUUCUCUACUGUUAGCCGACUAUGAAUUCGAAAACGGAAACCCGAAUAUGGCCUAUCUUCAGCUUGGAAGCGCCAUCCGCAAAGCAUUUGCUUCGGGAAUACAUCGCGCGAAUUCACCGGAAGAGAAAAGUACCAUGUGGGCGCUCUAUUGCAGUGAGACCUUGGUUUGUAUCAAGCUCGGCAGACAGUAUGGUCUAGCGCAGACAGACGUGCCACCCAUUCGUUCAGGCAACUUCGAUUAUUUGGGUGCUUUUGUGCACUUAUGUACUAUUGGGCGAUCCGCUUACAAAAUCUACCAUCAAAAGGAUACUUCUGUCGUGGGCUGUGAUCACACAUCUGUCGCUGAUGACCUUGCAUUGGCAAAUGCAAUUUACGCCCAACUCGUGGAUUUCUCUCGCUCAAUUAAAGAAGAUCUGAAUCUUGAUAUCGAUGGAGGGCUAUAUGCACUCACGGGUGAAAAGCUCUCGUGGCAUAUAACAAUGUCUUACGUCUACCACUAUAUCAAACUUCUCGUAUCCCGGCCGUUCCUGCUACUGUGCGUAGAGCUAAAGUGGCGCCCUAGAGAGACCGGUAAUACCAUAGCCAUGAUAGGUAUAAGAGAUGCAAGUACAAGCUGCACACAGUCUGCACGAUCCAUCAUCCAGCUAUCGAAAUCCCUGAUCUCAUUAAACAUCAAUGUUGAGGGCCUCCAUAACCACGCGUAUUACCUAGAAAGCGCUUGUUUCGUCCUUGUCCUUGAUGCAAUCCAGGGCGGCACUAGUUCAAACGAUGCCAUCACCCUCGUCAAUGUCGGACUGGACAUGCUGCAAAGCCUCCCGCAGCGAGAACCUAUCAAAAUCAUCAGGCCUGCGCUCGAACAGAUGCUAGCAAGGCUCAGCACCAUACCAGAUAGCGCAGUCCCAACUUUCACGCCAAACACGCAUUUUCAAGGGGUAAGCGGUGCCGGGUUAGCAAUAAAUGCAGAAUCAGCAGCAUCUGCGCCAUGGGAAGUAACAGGCGAAGCGGCGACUUCCCAUUUCCCAGGUACUAUUGGUCAGGUAGGAGAGCAACUAGACGAGCUUUGGUCUGUCAUUGAUUGGAACAUGGCUUUUCCGUCGAUGGAUCUUGGCCCGUUCAAUCCUCUGGAAACUGUAUAA